UAACUAUCAGUUCAAUAUAUAAUAAAUACACAAAAAACAAAUAGAGAGAGAGAGAUGGGAAACAGCAUAAGGUGUUGUCUAGCUUGUGUUCUUCCAUGCGGAGCACUAGAUUUGAUCAGGAUCGUUCAUCUAAACGGCUACGUUGAGGAGAUCACACGGUCUAUAACCGCCGGAGAGAUCCUCCAAGCGAACCCCAACCAUGUCCUAAGCAAACCAUGUUCUCAAGGAGUUGUCCGCAAAAUCUUGAUCUUGUCCCCUGAAUCUGAGCUCAAGCGAGGAAGCAUCUAUUUUCUUAUCCCGGACUCUUCCUUGCCGGAGAAGAAAAGGCGGAGAAAGGACGCUCCUCACCGUAGUAGAAAGUCUCUCAACAACCCUAACGUCGUCGAUUCCACCCAAUCCGGAGACGUUAAAGGUGACGAUGAAUGUGUGAAGUUGUGCGACAAGUACUUGGAAGAAGUUGUGUCUUCUGAGUCCAACGGUAAAGAACACCGUCAUCGCCGGCGGCACAGCAGAUCGGCGUCAGUCUCCACGUGGCGGCCUCACCUCGACAGUAUCUCUGAGGAUCUUAAUUAAUUCCUCUUUUUUUUUUCCUGUCUGCUUCUAGCUAAUGGUGUUUUUUUGUCCGGAAGCCGGAUUCUUAUGUUUCGAGAGAUCAUUUUCUUUUAAUUUUUUUCUUGGUUUUUUGGGGGAAAAUUUCACAAAAAAAAAAAGAAUUAUAAAAUGUGGAUAGGAUCUGUGUUACAAUGCUGUUGUAAUAUUUUCUGAGUCACCUGAGAAUGAUUGUAUUUUCAUCCUAUAAUCAUUGAUCAAAAGGCGAAGCACAUAUGGCCAAACUUUCAUGUGGUAAAAUUUCGGUUGGACGGA